UUUAGUUCUCUAUGCCUCUAUCGCAGUAUCGCUCAGACGCUCACUGCCUCACUCUCUGCCCUCACUCCAUUCUCUAACCCAGACGAGCAAGACGAUCGAAAGAUUCAAAACCCAGACGAGCAAGACGUUCGCACUCAAAGAUCGGACGAUCACCCCGACGAGCAAGACCAUUGCGUCUUCGAUUUGCUAUCUGGACCCCAGUCUUCGACCACCAACAAUCCGUCUUCUUGAAGGCAGAGGCCGACCUGGAAAGCAGGUGCGGGCGUGCAGCUAUCGGAGUCCAAGAUCCGACAACUAUCGGAGUCCGGAAAGCAGGUGCAGGUGCAGGCUCUGUUUUGAGAAAUUUGUGAUUCUGUGCAGCCAAAACUGGGCAGUUAGCAUGUACCUAGAGCAGUAAACCCAGUUUUUACAGAAUAGCAAUAACGGCGAGCAUAGGAGCGUCACAAUUGGAAUUGAAGCUACGGGCCACCAAUACAAGUCGCUUCGAGGCCUGAAGAGCGGUGCCAAGAUCGGAAAUCCACGGCUCUGCUCUCUCUGGAGCAUGAAGAAGAAGUGGAAGCAUCCAAGGGUGGAAAUUCGAGUCCUUUGAAGUUUCCUAAUCUCCCCCGAACAAAUGAGUCAAUAGCGCGAUUCUAAAGGCUCCGCUGCCGCUGACGAACUUUCCAGCGCAGACGACGUCGUUGACGAGUUGAAGAAGCUCCGACGCGCCGCCAGCAAGCUCCACCGCAAGGCUAGGCUCUGUACGGAGUUCAACUCCGGUAGCUCCAACCGGAGCUUCAUUUUACCCAGGAAAAGAAUCCAAGUUUCUUCAGUCUGAUUAGAAUUACCUUACCGAUCAGAUUUGCUCAUACUUGAUUCUUGAAACCUGACUAGAACGAAUUGUCUUUGCCCAUCUCCAACUUGAUCAAUUGAUUGAUCAACCCAGAAGCGAGCUUUACAGAAAAUACCCAGUUGGCCCCCUCAACAAGGAGUGAGCAGAGAGCAAGUAGGAAGGAGAUGAGUGUCUCAGAUCUGCCAAAGAAGGAGGUAAAUGUACUUAAAGGGCAUGAGGGAGCAGUAUUAGCAGCGAGGUUCAAUAAAGACGGAAAUUACUGCCUCAGCUGCGGGAAAGACCGAACCAUACGACUCUGGAACCCUCACCGUGGCAUCCACAUUAAGACCUACAAGUCCCAUGGCCGUGAAGUCCGUGAUGUCCAUGUCACCUUGGACAACUCCAAAUUAUGUUCAGGUGGUGGCGACAGACAAAUCUUCUAUUGGGAUGUGGCAUCUGGUCGAGUCAUUCGAAAAUUUCGGGGCCAUGAUGGAGGGGUGAAUGCUGUGAAGUUCAAUGAGUAUGCAUCUGUUGUAGUCUCAGCAGGAUAUGAUCAGUCAUUGCGUGCUUGGGACUGCAGGUCUCAGAGUACUGAGCCUAUUCAGAUAAUUGACUCGUUUACAGAUAGUGUAAUGUCUGUUUGUUUAACAAAGACUGAGAUAAUUGGUGGAAGUGUUGAUGGUACUGUUCGAACAUUUGACAUUCGUAUGGGAAGAGAGCUAUCCGAUGACUUGGGACAACCUGUGAACUGUAUCUCAAUGUCAAAUGAUGGUAACUGCAUAUUAGCAAGCUGCUUAGAUUCGACUAUACGACUCCUCGACAGGUCUUCCGCUGAAUUACUUCAAGAAUAUAAAGGCCAUACUUGUAAGUCUUACAAAUUGGACUGCUGCCUUACCAACACUGAUGCCCAUGUAAUCGGAGGAUCUGAGGAUGGUUCAAUUUUCUUCUGGGAUCUAGUAGAUGCAUCUGUUGUGUCAAGUAUCCGAGCACAUUCGUCAGUGGUUACAAGUGUCGGUUAUCACCCAAAAGACAACUGCAUGGUUAGUUCUUCUGUAGAUGGCACUAUUAAGGUGUGGAAGACUUGAGAAAGCAACGAUGCAGCUUAACGUGUGCUGCAAUGUGGAUUAACCAUGCCAGACUGAUUCUUGUACGAUUCAAAGGAGAACUGCACAUACCAAGGACCUUGUGCUGAAGCGGAAACUUUCAGAUUAUAGUGAAUUAGUUUGGUGGUACCUGUAGCAUGUUUUUGCAUGGUAUCUUUGAAGGAACUAGAGUACUCUAAUUAGUGUAUGUUAGUUAUCAUAAAGUUCGAGCUUAUUGGGAUAAUAUGUACUUCAUGUUUCUAUUGGAAUUACCCUUGGGAAAUGCUGCUGCCUGAGCUAUAAGAACUUCA